GUCUCCCAAGCUCUCUGUGGCGUGUAAUUUCCCUGCAAUUAACGCGCGCUUUGCUUUGCGCCGCUCUCAGCGGAGUGCUGGCGUCGACGCUGGCAGAGGAGAGGUAACAGGCACAGCGACAGCAGCAGCAUGGACGCUUAAGGCCAAUCAACGCAGCAAAUUUUCAAGCAGUUCAUUUUUCGAAGCUGAGCUGCACCGACCACCAGACGACGGACCGGACGACGACGUCGACAUCGACAUCGACGACCCCCACCCAGACGACCAAGACGAGGACGUGCUGUCGGAGGGCUAUACCCCCCCUCCCCCCCAAAAAAAGCAGAAGAAAACCAAAUAAGAACUGUAUCUGGAACAUCCAGCAUUCAAUUUGCACGCCCGUGAUAACAAGCAAUUGAGGUCAUCUCCCCCGUAGCGGCUGCGAAGACGGGAAGACCGGCGUAGAAGCGGAGGCGAGUCGCAAGAAGAUGCUGGCACAGUGGAUUGUGACUGGCCUGGCUUUGGCCAUGGUCGCCCAGCUGGUGCCCAGUGGACGGGGCUACAUCAUCAAAGAGGAGGAGGGCUUCCUGCAGCAGCCCCACUACACCAGCCAGGAGCAGCUGGAGGAUUUGUUUGCGGGCCUGGAGAAGGCCUAUCCAGAGCAGGCUCGGGUCCACUAUCUGGGCCGUUCCCUGGAGGGCCGCAACCUGAUUGUGCUGCAGAUCUCGAAGAAUACGCGGCAGCGCAAUCUUUUAACACCGCCCGUCAAGUACAUUGCCAAUAUGCACGGUGACGAGACGGUGGGACGGCAGCUGCUCGUCUAUCUGGCCCAGUACCUGUUGGGCAACUACGACCGCAUCACGGAUGUGGGCCAGCUGGUGAACUCCACGGACAUAUAUUUGAUGCCCACCAUGAAUCCCGAUGGCUAUGCCCUGUCCCAGGAAGGCAACUGCGAAUCGCUGCCCAACUAUGUGGGGCGUGGCAAUGCGGCGGGCAUCGAUCUGAAUCGCGACUUCCCCGACCGCUUGGAGGAGCCCCAUGUCCACCAGCUGCAUGCGCAGUCUCGUCAGCCGGAGACGGCUGCUCUGGCCAACUGGAUCAUCAGCAAGCCGUUCGUGCUCUCGGCUAACUUCCAUGGCGGAGCCGUGGUGGCCAGCUAUCCGUACGACAACUCCAUUGCCCACAAUGAGUGCUGCGAGGAGAGUUUGACCCCGGAUGAUCGUGUGUUCAAGCAGCUGGCGCACGCUUACUCGGACAACCACCCGAUCAUGCGGAAGGGCAGCAACUGCAACGACUCCUUUGCCGGCGGCAUCACUAACGGCGCCAACUGGUACGAGCUCUCCGGCGGCAUGCAGGACUUUAACUAUGCCUUCAGCAACUGCUUCGAGCUGACCAUCGAGCUCUCCUGCUGCAAGUAUCCGGCAGCCAGCACCCUGCCCGCAGAGUGGCAGCGCAACAAAGGCUCGCUAAUGCAGCUGCUGAAGCAAGCCCAUAUCGGCAUCAAGGGCCUGGUGCAGGAUGCCAACGGCUAUCCCAUCGGCGAUGCGAACAUCAUUGUGGCCGGCCUGGACGAGAAGCCCAUUCGGACUUCGAAGCGUGGCGAGUACUGGCGUCUGCUCACGCCCGGCCUCUACAGCGUGCAUGCGGCUGCCUUUGGGUACCAGAUCAGUUCCCCGCAGGAGGUGCGCGUGACCAACGACAACGCGGAGGCUCUGCGCCUGGACUUCAAACUGUUGCCCGUCGAGACGAACUUUGAUGGCAACUUCCGCAAGGUGAAGGUGGAACGCGCUGAGCCGCCGGAGGCUAGGAAGGAACAGUUCGAUGGCUUCCUCACCCACACCGUCUUCGAGCACCACAACUACACGGCCAUGGAGAGCUACCUGAGACAACUGUCGGCCAGCUAUCCGUCGCUUACGCGGCUCUACAGCAUCGGGAAGAGUGUCCAGGGCAGGGAUCUGUGGGUGCUGGAGCUGUUCGCAACACCAGGAUCGCAUGUGCCCGGUGUGCCCGAGUUCAAGUACGUUGCCAAUAUGCACGGAAACGAGGUGGUCGGCAAGGAGAUGCUCCUGCUGCUCAGCAAGUAUCUGCUGGAGCGGUACGGUAACGACGAGCGGGUCACACGGCUGGUGAACGGCACGCGGAUGCACUUCCUCUACAGCAUGAACCCGGACGGGUAUGAGGUGUCGCGCGAGGGCGACCGCACGAGCGGCCUGGGACGCGCCAAUGCCCACAACAUCGAUUUGAAUCGCAACUUCCCGGACCAGUACGGCACCGACAAGUUCAACAAGAUCACUGAGCCGGAGGUGGCUGCUGUCAUGAACUGGACACUGUCCCUGCCCUUCGUGCUGUCGGCAAAUCUUCACGGCGGCUCCUUGGUGGCCAACUAUCCGUUCGACGACAACGAGAACGACUUCAACGAUCCGUACGCGCGCCUACGCGACGCCAGCAUCAAUGGCCGCAAGCUGAAUCCCACUGAGGAUAAUGUCCUGUUCCGGCAUCUGGCGGCAGUCUAUGCACAGGCCCAUCCCACCAUGCACCUGGGCAAGGCGUGCGAACUCUUCCAGAACGAGCACUUCGCCGAGGGCAUCACCAAUGGGGCGCAGUGGUACAGCGUCACUGGGGGCAUGCAGGAUUGGAACUAUGUGCGCGCCGGCUGCCUGGAGCUGACCAUUGAGAUGGGCUGUGACAAGUUCCCACUGGCCCGAGAGCUGCCCCAGUACUGGCGCGACAACCGCGAGCCGAUGCUGCAGUUCAUCGAACAGGUGCACCACGGCAUCCAUGGCCUGGUGCACAGCACCAUCGGUACACCGAUUGCCGGUGCCGUUGUCCGAUUGGAUGGGGCUAAUCAUUCCACCUUUAGCCAGACAUUCGGCGACUACUGGAAGCUCGCAUUGCCCGGCCAGCACAACGUCACCGUUCUGGGGGACAACUAUGCCCCGCUACGCGUGGAAGUGGAGGUGCCGGCAGCGGAACCAUACAACAUGCGCUUGGACGUUACCCUCAUGCCCGACGAUCCCCAGCACUGGGCGUCGGCCAAUGACUUUCGCAUAAUCGAGAAUGUGGUGAACACACGCUACCACACGAACGCCGAGAUCCGCUCACGCCUGGCGGAGCUGGAGAAUCAGAAUGGACAAAUCGCAAGCUUUGGCUAUGCGGACAACGAGUUCAGUCGUUACUUCAACUACCUCAAGAUGACAUCCGAUAUUGGUGAGCCCGAGGAGCACAAGUACAAGAUGCUGGUGGUGAGCUCCAUGUACGACACAGCGGCGCCCUUGGGCAGGGAGCUGAUGCUGAAUCUCAUUCGUCAUUUGGUGGAGGGCUACAAGCUGCAGGAUGCCACCGUAAUGCAGGUGCUCCAGCGAACUGUCAUCUACUUUCUGCCGCAAACGGAAAAGUUCCCGGAGGUCUUUGACCUGUACAACACCAACUCCUCUGUGUGCGAUCCUGUGCUGGGCGAUGAGCUGGCCGAGCGUUUGCUGAGUCCCGAAAUGGAGCCGGGACCCAAAAUGCUACUGCAGUUUCUGCAAAGCGAACGCUUCGACCUGAUGCUCACCUUUAGUGCGGGCAGCUCCGAGCUGGGCUUCCCGCGCGGCGACUCCAUACUGGAGAAGUUCGCUCACAGCAUCCAGCGCACGGAAUUCAACUUCUCGCCGCUGCAGUGCAGCGCCUCGGCCACCAGGCAGCUGCAUCGCGAGACCAGCGAUCGCCUUACGAACCUUCUCUACAAAAUGUACAACAUGCCCAUGUACACACUUGGCGUUUCGUGCUGCCGCAUGCCCGACCACAAGCAGAUCGCCUCGGUGUGGCGCAAGAACAUUGACAAGAUCAAGAACUUCCUGGGCCUCGUCCAAACCGGAGUCACUGGCCUUGUGCACAACAAUGAGGGGCAGCCGCUGCGCGAGGCCUUUAUCCGUUUGUUGGAGCACAAAAUGGUGUAUAAUGUAACACGGAAUGCGGCUCGUUUCCAGCUAAUGCUGCCCCGCGGCCUGUACGGCCUGGAGGUGACAGCGCCCAACUAUGCGUCGCAGGUUAUCAAGGCCGAGGUGCAGCAGAACCAGCUGCUCGAUCUGGGCGUCAUCCGCCUGCACCCAUUCACCCUGAUACGCGGCGAGGUCGAGGAGCUGCCCAGCAAUAAUCCUGCGCUCUCCGUGACGGGUGUCGGCUCCAAGUUCACGACAAGCAUUGUCGGCGUCGUCCUCGACGAGGGCAACCAUCCCAUUCGUAAUGCCAAGGUGUCCGUCACUGCGCCGGCAGGGCUCGAGCGGCUGCGCAACUUUACCAACAGCCUGGGCGAAUACCGCCUGUCCGCCGUGCCCCUCGGCACAGUGAGCCUCAAGGUGGAGGCGCCGCGUCACUUCGAGGCCACGCGACAGCUGCACCUGGCCCAGGGAGGACUGCCCACAGAGAAUGUCGUCUUCCAUCUGAAGUUCAACGAGCACGUGUUCGGUCUGCCGCGCUUUCUCUUCAUCAUCUUUGCCAGCAUAAUGAUCAUCGUCGGCGUUGUCGUGUGCGUGCUCUGCGCUCAAUUCUGGUUCUAUCGUCGCCAUCGGGGCAACAAGCCGUACUACAACUUCUCGCUGCUGCCACAGAAGAGCAAGGAACACUUUGACCUGGAGGAGGACGAUGCGGGCGAUGACGGCGAAACGGAGCUCUUUCGUUCUCCCAUCAAGCGUGGCAUGACCAUUCAGCCGUACUUUGAUGAGGAGCAUCUGGAGCGAAUUCUGCACACGGAUGAGGAGGAUGACGGGGACGAGGACGACGACGAGGAUGGGCCGCGCAUGGAGCCCGAGUUGGAUGUGGCCGAUGACAGCGGCGAUGAGAUUGUCAUGCUGCACCAGCAUGGCAAGCCGCGCCGUCACUAGGCAGUGGCCCAGGCCCACAGCUCACCCCCAACAGCAGCAGCAGCAGCAGCGACAGCAGACAUCAACACCACACAACAAAACUGUGAUUCAAAACGUUUUCAAGAAAAGCCCAAGCAAAGGCAUUGAUUGCUCUUCCUUUGUUUUUUUUUGUUUUUUUUAAUUAAUCUUACAGCUGCGGUAAACAAUUCCCAAAAGGUUACAAAAAAUAAGGUUCGCAGCAAAGUUUGAUGCUGAUGCAAUGGUUUCCCUUUCAAUUGAGUUGAUAAAAGAAAUCCGCAGCUGUAGCCGCAAAUAUUUAUUACCCAGUUACGAUUGCAAAGUACAGAUCACGGUCGUGCUCUAUGUGCUGUAAAUGUAACUAAUAGUUAUUAAUUAUUCGAUAUGAAUUAUUUAUGAGAAUGUAUUUUUUUAUUUGACGCGUGCGAUUUAAUAUUUAGGAAAAUGUUAUUUUUUGUAAUAAUAUUCGCCUGCAAUGUCCAGCUUAAUAUAGAAAAUGGAAGAACUCCAGCCUAGCCCAACCCAGCCCAGCGUAGCUCAACUCCCAACCCCGCUCUCAAGCCCUGGCGAAUCUCUCUGCGGGAGAAACCCUAAUCGUAAUUGUAAUCAUAAUCGCAACUUAACUUAAGACUGAGAGCCUACUUAUGCAAUUCUAACCAGAGUACAGCAGAAGCAAUUU